AAAGCAGAAGGGAUUGGACAGCGCCGGGGCCAAUAGGUGGGGGGAGUAGGCAGGUUAUUUGAACUCCUCUCACAGCUCAGCUAAAACCAGACAACAUCAUCGAACUUUCUGAAACAUUUUUUGCCCCCGAGUACGUGCCCGCCUGUUAUCUGCUCCCUCGGACGACCUCCUUUGUUGUGCUUUUUUACUUAACUGAGCAACCCCGGUGGGGAAUGGGAGUCUACGGUGGGCGCAUGAACCCGGGAGUCUACUGAUGCACCUGCCCACCGAGGGGGGAACCGCCGCGCGUCUGAGAAUGGACGAGGCCGCCGCCACGAGGUCCGAGGCUCCGCUUCAAUCGGAGGACGGCGGGAGGGAGGACGGGAGCAGAUAUAGCCGCCCGGACCUGCAGCAGACGGCUUUAACAGACCCACACCCACACCACGCGGACCUGCUGCCAGGCCGGGACGCCAGCGAAAACAGCUCCGCCUUAAAGUACAGAAGACCCGGAUCUCGUCUGAGCGGGGUCAAGGUGCGGCACAAGAGGCAGGUGCUGCAGGACAUGGCCCGGCCGCUCAAACACUGGCUCUACAAGCACCGGGACAACCCCUACCCCACAAAGACGGAGAAGGUCCUCCUGGCUCUGGGCUCGCACAUGACGCUGGUGCAGGUUUCCAACUGGUUCGCCAACGCCAGGAGGAGGCUGAAGAACACGGUGAGGCAGCCGGACCUGAGCUGGGCCCUGAGGAUCAAGCUGUACAACAAGUACAUCCAGGGCAACGCCGAGAGGCUGAGCGUGUGCAGCGGCGACACGGACUCGGGCGAUGAAGACUGCAACCUGCCGGCUCCCAUCGGCCAGUCCGGCUUCGGGCGGCCGGCGCCCCUCCAGGAGCAGGGCGCCGUCCUGGCCAUCGCCGAGGGCGACGACGGCGCCUCGCCGCCCUCCAAGUACAAGAGCAGCCUGCUGAACCGCUACCUGAACGACACGCUGCGCCACAUGAUGGCGGCGGAGGCCGGGGGCAUGGCGGCGGCGGCGGCCCGAGCCAGGAGGAGCCACUCCGAGUCCUUCAGCUCCAACGACGGCGACCGCGACGUGGCCUCGCCGGCCUCCUCCUACGAGACCGAGGCCAACUUCAUCUACCGCAUGGGUGAGAGAACUCCCUUUUUUUUGGGCCAGCCCCAGGGCCGGGGCCCCCAGGCCUGGAGGGAGAUCCACGCCGCCGUGGCCCUCACCAGCCUGGCCCAGGGGCCCAGCUCGGCGGCCGACCAGAGCGCCCCCCCCGUCGCCCGGGAGCCCUUCUGCCUCUCCAGGACGGCCGUGGCGGACAGGGGGUUUGUGGGCGGGGCCCCAUCGGCCCCCAGGCCGCCGGCCCAGGCCCUCACGAGCCGCAUCAUCCAGAGGUCCUCUCACAUCUCCGAGGUUCAGACUGUCAAAGUUUCCCUGGCCAACAGCGGCUAA